CCACAGGCGUCCGAGGAAGGUAGGGCCGGGAUUUGCUCCACACCCACAAUCAAAGAUUAUUGAGAAAUUACUACUCAUCUUCCUUCUUACCUCUCGUCGACACAACCUCUCAAGAUCACCCAAAACCACCUUCUUCAAACCAGCCAAAAUGGAGAACGACCGCGGCGAGAUUGUGGACCUUUACGUCCCCCGCAAGUGCAGCGCCACCAACCGCAUCAUCAAGGCCAAGGAUCACGGCUCUGUCCAGAUCUCCAUCGCCAAGGUUGACGAGAACGGCCGUGCCAUCCAGGGCGAGAACCACGUCUACGCCCUCUGCGGUUUCGUCCGAGCCAUGGGCGAGAGCGACGACUCCCUCAACCGACUGGCCCAGCGCGACGGUCUCCUCAAGAGCGUCUGGAGCGGACAGCGAUAAAGGAUUUCAAUCUGUGGGGAAAAAGUUACUCGACAACUGGUCCUGAGAUUCCUCGACAUGGGAGUCUGAUACGAAUGGACUACAGGGUUUUGGGUCCGGGCACGAAGGCAAUGGGUGAAAGAAACUAGGGUUGGCUGCAUCUAGCAAAUCCACUUCGAGGCGUUCGGCUCGAUUUUGAGACAACAUUACGAUAUCCCGAAUAUGUGUUUGAAGAUGUGAUGAACUGGUUAUGCUCCGACAUCCGGCUAGCGAAGUCUCCUCGGACAGACUUCUCAGGUCAAACCACUCCGAGGAUUCUGGGGCUACUUUGAUAGUCUCCGUGCCGCAGAUUGAUUGACUAGGCCUUGAAAAAGCCGUAGCGCUCAAGUCGUUUGCUAUGGUACAGAUACGGGUCUAACAUGAACUUUUCAACUUGUGACUAUCCUAAUCUCACGUGCAAUCGUAGACCAAGUGCUGUUCCAUAACCUCCAUCCAAGAUCACAAAGGUCGGACUCGGUUUACAUCGAUCCCACACGAGGCAGCCAAGGAGGACUACUGAGAUGCCCAUACGUUAACGGUGACAUUUUCAAGCCCAAGGGCCAGAGAACGAGCUGAUCUUAGCUCUUCUCUUUCCUUGAGGCUCAGCUUCUGGUGGGUGGUUCAGUUGCGAGGAAACACAGAAGUGGAGUACCACUGGGCAUGAAAUCGACGUCACUAGCUAGAAUUUGACUGAAUCCAGGCUUGUAGAUUCUCAUGAUCAGUUUGAAUUAUAUGCCAAUAGCAGGCAGUAGAGUUCUUCGAAACAAACCGAACCACUAGGGCAUUAAUACAUGUAUGCUAUCCAACU